AUGGACAAAAAAUUCAUUUUUUUAAGAAACAUAAUGGUCAAUAACGGUUUAAAAUAUGCCAGCUGGAUUCAUGAAUGUAUAAACCUAGUUAGAGUACGUAGGUCGGCGUUUUCUGACUUGGAUAGAAUAUGUAGAAUUAUGUUAAAAUGUCAUGGAGUCAGUCAUUCUGAUACUGUUAGUGAUCUGGAAAUUAUGGUCCAACAAGGUGUUGUCAGUCGUCGAGCUUUUAAAGGAGUAAUAUCAUAUCGUAAUGUGAGUGGUAAGGGUCAAAGCCAUGUACCCGGACGCUCAUCGCGUGUAGGGAGAUGGAUUCAUGAGGCUUUAAAAGAGCUUGACUCAGGACAAGGAGUUGGAAUGAUGGAAAUCGAAAAAUGGGUUAUGACGAGUCAUCCUUAUUAUCAUAAUUUAAAGGGAAAAAUUAAAGGGGCCCUCAAAGAAGACUUGGAUUUGGGAAAGAUAUGGCAAAUUUCAGAGGGAAAGUAUAGACUUCUAGAGGCUGCAGAGAGUCCUGAAAGAAAGAUUUUGGACAGAAGUUUGGUUUGUGACUUUUGUUUACAAACAGCUGAAAGUAACAGGAAAGGUGAACAUGAAGAUUUGUUGAUUUGCCGUGAUUGUGGAAAUCGAGCACAUCCCUCAUGCAUGGAUUAUUCAGUAGAAUUAACAGCAAGAAUUAGAGCUGAUGGUGGCUCAUGGCAAUGUAUUGAUUGUAAAGCAUGUGUUAUGUGCCAAGAUUCUGGUGAUCCUAGCAGUUUAUUGUUUUGUGAUGCAUGUGAUAAAGGAUACCAUAUGCAAUGUCACACACCAAAAUUGCAGUCAAUGCCAACUGGGAAAUGGGCUUGUUUUAAUUGUGUGAGCACGUUAUCACAUGAAGAAGUGAUGGCAAGUAUCCAAGCACCAUCAACAUUUAUUCCAACAAAGUUAUGCUCUCCUGUUAAAGAACAGGAGGAGAGUAAUAUCGAAGCAUUGAGUUGUGAUGAAGUUAUGAUAGAAACAGAUACAGACACUUGUUUAAAAGUACCAGAUGUAAUGAUGGAAAAUGUUGAUGAAGAGGCUAGUGAUCUUUUAACGAAGAUAAAUGAUGAAGAAAUGUCUACCACAGAAGACAUUGUAACAGAUUCUUCACCAGCUAAAUUUGAGGCUGAACAGUCUAACAUUGUCUCCAGUACUGCGGGCAUUGCAGGUGUAGUUGAAGACGUGAAAAAUGAAAAAGUGUCCACGCCAGCUCCGGAGGCCAUUGCUAGUAAACCAAAGAAUGCUUUCAGCUGGAACAAAGCAGAUGUUGUUGAAUACAUUAGAUCUCUUGGCUUUUCUAAAGAAGCAAUGGUCUUUGAUGAACAGGACAUUGAUGGACCUUCAUUGAUGCUCAUGUCGAGAACUGACCUGGUUAAAUCACUUCAUUUCAAAUUGGGACCUGCGCUCAAAAUCUACGCCAAUAUUGCAAAAUUGCAGGCACAAAGUCUUCCUCCUGAGUAAAUGCUGGUAAUUCGUGUGUCACUGGUUUAUGAAAUAAACGAGUAAAAAACAAAGUUACAAAUUAUUUUACGGUUUGCUGUGGAAAAUAUGAAACAACUGGCUCAACACUGUCUAGCUGAAUGAAUCCACUGGUUUAAGGCUAACGACACGGUGGAGUUUAAAAAUUUUCUUUUCCCAGAAUUAUCUUCUUUUGUUCUUUCAAACCUCUUUUAAUUUCCAUCUUUGACAACAAUUGAUAUUCAAAUUUUUUAAAAGAGUGAUAUUUACUUUGGUUGAUGUUCUAACUUUUGCAUUAAACAGACGUAGGUAACAAACAAAAGACAGUUAUUACGUGGCUUAGCCUUUGCGUUUGAUCACUAUUCACCAGAUUUAUUGUGCGAAAGGAAAGCGCCCCUGGUUUUUGUGUUUUACAAAUUUAUAUUAUUGCCUAUUUAUUUAUCUCAUUAUAUUGUGUGUACAAUAAAGACCUCGAAACUAUCCAGGUAGUGUUGACCAUUGAACCAAUAUGUUUUGUUGGCAAAGUGAGCUAUUCAUGUUUCAUUUUAACGUUUGUGGACACCCUUGUUUAUUCGGCAUGUCAGAACUUUGUCCCUUAAAAAGGUUCAGUGUAUUUAAAAUUAAAGUAACAGCUUUUAGUGUGAAAACGAUUUCAAUGAUGUAAUUAAUAAGUUUAAAACAUAUUCAAAGCGUAUAAUAGUGCAUAUUAAAUCGCUUUUAGUCACUUCUAAUAAAUAACAUUUCACUUUUCAUUUUCA